CUUUUCGCGCAUGCGCAAUGACGCGGUUUGGAACGCGCUGCUGGAGGAGUUGAAGAGAGCGAACGCGUUUGGAGCCUGAGUUGCUGUGUGCCUGCGGCGGCGAUCAGGCCAGCGGUGAGCUCCCCGGUGGUCCGCUGGUUGGUUCCCCCGUGAUGCUCGUCUGACUUGGCCUCGUCUUUCCCUCGGACGGAAUAAUUCAUGUCGUGAGUCUAACGUGUCGGCGUGAGUCUGGUUACUCGUUCCCAGCAACGUUUCACCUUCUCUUCGGAUGAAAACUGGUCACGUUGGUGGCGCAAGAGCCCUGGGCUGAUCAGUCGUAAACCUGCAGUGGACAGAGUCACUGGAAAUGACUGAGAGAAAAGCAUGGUGCCUUAGUCUUAUCCCGGUUCUCUUCUUCUUCAUCUCAUUUUUCACAUACUACUGUUCCUAUGCCAUAGUGCAAAGUUAUGCCGGCACCAGCAAGUCUGUCAAGAGCCACAACUCUUUGUGUGCUGGCAGGCUGACACAGAAGAAGUGGGAGAGCCUCGACUUGAACAUUAGCAGGCGGACGCAGCUCUUUCUAAAACUGGAUGAUUUCUUCUGGCGAGAACAUCUGUCAACGUUGCCGCUUCCUUAUGGCAUCAAGGGCAGCGAACUGCAGCUGCUGAAAGUUCUUGCGGUAACAGCCAAUUGUCAGAUGCCGGCCAACAUAGAAAACCUGGAAUGCAGAACCUGUGUUGUCAUAGGCAACAGCUUCGCCAUUAAAAACACAUCCUUAGGAGGCACCAUUGACAAAUAUGAUGUGGUCAUUCGACUGAAUGACGCUCCGGUGAGGGGCUACGAGGACGACGUCGGGAACAAGACCACAAUGAGAUUCUUCUACCCCGAAUCUGCCUCCUAUAAUCCAGGCUUGAACAACCAGCCUGGCACACUUCAGAUCUUUGUGCCUUUUAAGCAGCAAGAUGUACUGUGGCUCAAAGAGAUCCUCUACAACGAGAAGAGGGGCAGAAAAGGUUUUUGGAAGCCCCCUCCCCAAAUCUGGUUGGGUGAUUUUGCUCAAAUCCGAGUGCUGGACCCGCACUUUUUGCACCAGACGGCAGAGAAGCUGCUGCGAAUCCCCCUGAGCGCCAAGGGUAAACAGAUUCAUCCGACAACGGGAAUGCUUGCCGUCGUCGUUGCCCUUAACUACUGCGAUGUGGUCCACAUAGCUGGUUUUGGGUAUCCAAACUCCAGGAACCUCAAUGAUCCCGUCCAUUACUUCGACCAUCGUACUAUGAAAUCUAUGAAGAACUCUUACCAUGACCUCAGUCAUGAAGCUGAAGUCUUAAAAAGACUGGAGGACUCGGGUGCCAUCUUUUACCUACACCCGCAUUCAUGAGGCAUGUAUGAUAAGGUUACCAAAUCAAUUUAUGCAUAUGGUCUUCUAACUUGCAUUGUCAUGGUGUGCUGUUAGUGUACAACAAGGAUGUCCUUCUUGUUUUAAUAGUUGUAUUUCUCUUUAAGAAUAUAAACACACAAUCACAAAUGAUUCACACAGCAUUUCAUCUGCUCUCGGUUUGGAAAUAAUGUCAUUUAAUGGAGUUGCUUAAUUUAUUGUUUUUUGUCUUCUUUUUUUUUAAAAAUACAUUCUAGUGGUACUGGUACUACUGGAUAAUUUUUGUUGGACAAAAAAAUGAAAUGAAAUAAAUUUUUAAAAUAAACUUUUUGUAUUCAAUC